AUGAUUUUCCCUACAAGCCAUUGGCCGGCGGCAGCCAGUUGGACCAUCCCCACCGAAGAGCGAGAUCCAUUCCUCCGCAGCAGUCGCGCUGGGAUUGACUACAUUCUUCCCACCAUACUUACCGCCGAACCAGAAUCCGAGGAUCCCACCGAUUCAGUCGUUUCGUCCAUGUUCGAGGUCUUCAUCCCCCAUCACUCCCGAUGGCAGAAAGUCCGUAUACGAUACAAAGACGCAUGGUCCGAGAAAACCGGGUUCGCUUCACUGCCCAAGGACACCUCGUUUCCCUUGCUCGAACUAUACUUGGAGAAAAGUUACUGGCUGGAACAGGACGACGUGGAUCGCAUCACAUCCACGAUGCUCUCCGCACCACGAAUUCAUUCCGUCAGUUGGCUGAGCCAGAAACCGUUCACGACGCUCACCUUUCCCUGGGCACAGCUCACGCACUUUUGGCUGAGCCACAUCAUUUCGAUGACUGAGGGUCUCCGCAUCAUCACAUUCUGCCCUCAGCUCACAUCUCUAGAGCUAACGCUCAUUCUUCCCGUCCAAGUAACUAUGACAAGCGGCUCUGGCCCAAUUGUUCACAACAAUCUACAACGCCUCCAUCUAAGCACGGCGGGUGACCUCGGAAUUCUCUUUGACAAGCUUACGCUACCAGCUCUGAAUGAUCUUUCGCUCUCUGAAGUCCACUGGUCCUUUCCCAACAUUACCCCCGUGUACAUCAGCCACUGGCCGCAAUCCCAGUUCCUUGCAUUCCUCCUUCGUUCUGUGUGCACCGUCAAACACCUCAUCAUACAAGAGUGCGAUAUCUCCGCGGAGGAGAUGCUGGAGUGCCUUGCACACCCGCAGAUAUCAACAUCGUUAGAUUCGCUGUCCUCAUCAAAGGCAUUUAUGCGUGACGGAGGAGGUGUUGAGACGUAUACCACCUUCGCAGAAAAGGUUCUGCAUAGUGCCGGCGGAGGAGACCAUUACUGA